UCUGUGAUAAUAAGGAGCGCUGGGCUGGGACAAGCCAAGCUCUUUGUCGUGCCUGUCCUCUGUGCCUCCCCAGGUUUGGGAUCUCUUCCCAGCUGCCACUCUGCAACUCCCCUGCCCCGCUCUCUGCAGAUGCACCUCCAGGCACUGACAACCAACUCAGUGUGCAGUUUGGGUUUCCAAGACAGCCUGAGAAUGAAACCCACGACAGAAGCAGUCCAAAGCUGCUCCAUCUCAUCAGCACCUUCUCUCUUUGCAGCCCAGUUUAAUGCCAGCUUUGUGGUUACCAUCCCUCAAGGCGGGUAAGAGGCAGCUCCCAGGUGUGGGCACAGCUGAGGGACUCAGAGCUCUGACCUCACCUGUGCUGCAGGCCUGGGCACCAUUUCCAACACAGGGAACGAGCACCGAUGGCACCAGUGAGGGGCCAGAUCCUGAGGCAGACACGACGAAAACAUCCCCUAAACCCCACGGUUUAGUUUGUGGCAGCAGUGGUAAUGAGAAGACGGUUGGACUAGAUGAUCUUACAGGUCGUUUCCAACCUUGUGAUUCUAUGAUUCUGCUGAUAGCGUGGGCUGCCCCGUGCCAACUGCCACCUGUGGGGAACAGCGCUGAGGGGAGAGCAGCCAGGAGAUGAGCGGACAUCACUGAGGGAAUGAUUUUCCUCUCAGAGCAAAGCCGUGUGGCAAAGAGAGACCUAUGAGCGAACGGUAGCGAAGGGAGACUGGAGAGGACACAUCCCUCAGCGGUGAUCCGCGAGGAAGACCCCUAACAGGAGAAUGGCGGUGGGAGAGACCCACGAGGCGGCUCCGCUGAGGGGACGCCGGCAAAGAACGGCCCUGAGGGACGCGAUGGGCGCUCGGAGCCCCUGGCGGAGCGGACACGCAAGAUGGCGCAAGGCGCUGCCCGCCCCCGCCGGCCCCGCUCCCUCAGCACCGCCCCCCGCCCGCCCGGCGCGGCGGCGUGCUCGCUCGGAGGGGAGCUGCGCUGAAAUCCGCUUUUUGCUUUCUUCACUCCCGUUUUUGGUUGCUUGGGUUUUUUUGUUUGUUUGUUUGUUUGUUUUUAGUUUUUCUUUUUUCUUCCUUUCCUCCCUCCACUGGAGGGUGGCUCUCGCCUCUCUCCUUCUCUCCCUCCUGGGCCGCUCCCUCUCGGCGGGGCGCAGGGAGCCGAGCCGCCCGCCCGGGAUGCCAUGGCCCCGCGGGGCUCCGCGCUGCCCGCCCGCCUGCUGGGGCUGCUGCUGCUCUGCUGCGGAGAUUUUGGUCACUCCUCUGAGCUGGCGUUCGUUGUGGAGCCCAGCGAUGACAUAGCGGUGCAGGAGCAGCCCUUGAUCCUCUACUGCCAGGUGGAAGGCAUCCAGCCCAUCACCAUCACGUGGCGGAAGAACGGCGCCAUGAUCGUGGACAGCGAGAACGCCUUCAUGUUGGCCAAUGGCUCGCUGUACGUCUCCCGCUUCCAGAGGAUCCGGGGAGAUGGCUCCUCGGACGAGGGCGAGUACGACUGCAUGGCACAAAACCAUUAUGGGCUGGUGGUGAGCCGGAAGGCGAAGAUCCAAGCAGCGACCAUGUCUGACUUCCAUAUCCACCCUCAGAACGCAGUGGUGGAGGAAGGGGGUGUUGCAAGGUUCCAGUGCCAGAUCCAUGGUCUCCCUGAGCCCGUCAUCCUCUGGCAGAAGAACCGCAUGCCAGUCAAUACGGACAAUGAAAGGUACACAUUGCUUCCCAAGGGGGUCCUUCAGAUUACAGGACUAAGAGCAGAAGACAGUGGGAUUUUUCACUGUGUUGCCACCAAUAUUGCUAAUGUGAAGUUCAGCCGGGAGGCCAGGCUCACUGUGUCAGGCUCCCACUCCACCGUUUACAAGGACCCCAUGAUUCUCGUUGGACCGGAGAACCUCACGCUGACGGUGCAUCAGACCGCAGUGCUGGAGUGCAUCGCGACAGGCAACCCCCGGCCCAUCGUCUCCUGGAGCCGCCUAGAUGGCCGCCCAAUUGGUGUGGAGGGAAUCCAGGUGCUGGGGACAGGAAAUCUCAUGAUCUCAGACCUCAGUGUGCAGCAUUCUGGCAUCUACGUGUGUGCUGCAAACAAACCUGGCACUCGGGUGCGAAGGACUGCGCAGGGCAGGCUCGUUGUACAAGCCCCUGCAGAGUUCGUGCAGCAUCCCCAGUCCAUUUCCAGGCCCGUGGGGACCACGGCCAUCUUCACAUGCGUGGCCCAAGGGGAGCCCCCCCCGCAGAUCACUUGGCUGAGGAAUGGACAGAUCCUGGAGACGGGCGACCACAUCAAGCUGAAGAAUAACAACAGCACUCUGUCCAUCUAUGGGAUCAACCAGGCGGAUGAAGCCAUCUACCAGUGCAUCGCCGAGAACAGCGCCGGCUCCACGCAGGCCAGCGCCCGCCUGACAGUCCUGUGGGCAGAAGGGCUGCCUGGACCCCCGCAGAGCGUGAGGGCCGAGACGGUCUCUGCCACCACCAUCCAGGUGUCCUGGGAGGAGCCUCUGCAGAACACCAAGGAGAUCAUCGGCUACGUGCUGCACAUCCGGAAAGCUGCAGAUCCCGUGGAGAUGGAGUAUCAGGAGGCCGUUAGCAAGAGCACCUUCCAGCAGCUAGUGACUGAUUUAGAACCCUCGACCAGCUAUAGCUUCUAUAUAAAGGCUUACACCUCCCGGGGUGCCAGCAAAGCCUCAGAAGUCACAGUGGUGAGCACGCUGGGAGAAGUCCCAGCCAUGCCAUCCCUCUUUAUUAAAGUCAUUAACAGCACAGCCGUGCAGGCAACGUGGGAGCCCUCCAUCAAACUGGGCCAGCACGAAGGCUUCAAGCUCUACUACCGCAAAGUCCACCUGUCCCAGUACACAGGCCCGGUGCUGCUGGCCAGCAACGUCACGGCGUACAACAUUACCCACCUGGAUGCAUCAAUGGUGUAUGAGGUCAAACUCCUUGCCUAUAACCAGCAUGGAGAUGGAAACUCGACUGUCCGCUUUGUGUCCUUGAGGGAAACCAUGGAGAGGACAGUGCUGAACCCCCCGUGCGACUGCAUGAAGGAUGAGCAGAACAACAAAACCUCUGCGACUGGUAUCAUCAUUGGGAUCCACAUCGGCGUCACGUGCAUCAUAUUCUGCGUCCUUUUCCUCAUGUUUGGGUACAGAGGAAGGCUGCUGAUGUGUAAAAACGUGCAGGAGCAGCUGUCGACUCCGCAGAUCCCAAGGAGCCAGAGGAGCGCUGCAGGGAUCAUUCUGAACGGGGCCGCCCGCAGGGACAGGGAUGAGCGGGACCUGAACGGAAAGCAGCUGGACAUGAACGAGCUGGAGAGGUUGUUCCCAGCAUCACCAUGUCCAGAGCAGCAGGACAAGGGAAUAACACCUGCUCACAGCCCGCCUGCCACCGACGACGACACCCAGAUACCCACGUUGCCAAUGGAUGAGUUCAGCAUUGUUGAGGAGCAGCCAGACUCUCCCCCAAAAAGCCCUCACAAUGGCAGCCCCGCUGCUUCGGCUCCCCACCACGGCCCUGCCAAUGAAGGAUAAACUGCCAAGACUCAAACUCUCUUGUAGGAGUUACCAGAAACCAAAACUGCAGCUGGUGAUGUCUUUACAAUGAUUCAUCAA